ACGAGUCCUUGUUCAAACUGCGAGAGGGUUGUACAGUGCGCAUGACAGUAAGUAACUUGUUGGCUCGGAAAGCGUUUCAAAGCGGCAGUGCGGCGUCCGACGUCCUCGGCGUAUCCCGCUGGGGUUUACCGCUCCCGGACUAAGUUUCCGUUACGAAAAAUCCGCGAAAAGCGUUCAAAUUUCGAAUUCGAAAUGGAUUAGGCGUGUUUUGUUUUUGAAUUUUCUGUCAUGUUGGAAGCGGGGUUUAACGAAACAUGGAUACAACGUGACUUUAAAGAAAUUAAGGUUGAUUUUGAUGGAAUGAUUGAACUGUAAGUGUUUGUGAUGGCGUUGAAGAGACUUGUUAUCGCCUGGGCGGUCUGGCUGGCGUUGCCAUUGGCAACGGGCCAUCUCAACGUGCUCAUAAGCCAGGCUGAAGUGAUGAAAUUGCUCGGUCUCGACGCAGAACUUUACUACGUGCGAGAGGGCGUGGUAAACACCUACGCGACAGGCUUCAUCGUGCCAGUGCCUGCGCAUAUAGCAGAUCUGGAGUUUAUGUGGCAGUCUUUGGGCAGGAAACCACUACCGUACGUCAUGGACAUAGACUACGAGAGCCGAGGCGCGAUGCUGCCACCGCAAGUCAACAUCUCCGAGAGGGGGAUGGUGCCCACCAAGUUGCAAGCUUUCAGAGUGCGCUUACCCUGCACUGGUAGCAGAAGCGCUGAGAUCCUGGUGACAAUGCAACUGAACAUCUCGGCUCCAGAUCGCGCCCACAAAGAUGUACGGCUUUUGUUUAAAAGGAACAAGAUCUGCUUGAAAGGUCUGUCAACAGUAGUCACCCACAACGAGACAGCCAUGCUGGCCGGCGACGCUGCCCGUGGCUCCAGCGGCGUGGCCUUCGCUGCCGGCGGCUGCGCGGCGGCAGCGCUGGCCCUGCUGGCGGCGGCGGCCGCGGCGGGCACGCUUUACCGACGGGGCGGGAAGGCGCGCCAUCAUGAUUCUAUACAUACAUCAUACACUACAGCAGCCUAUGGCAGUCAUCAAAACGUUCUUCUACGAUUGGACACCCUUGGUAGACCACCGAGCUCCACCGGGUCUUAUGCAACAAUAGCGAGCAUACAUAAAUUUCCGUUUGGCAGCAGAAGAUCACCAUCACCGUACGCGACGACCCACAUCGGAGAGCACGUGUACGCGAAACCGGAGUCCCGGGUGUCCUACUACGCGGCCUCUAAUCUCACGCACGUCUCGCAGACCACAAUAACCAAGGAUCGCAUCACAGACCCGGCGGAGCAGCUCCGGAUUCUGACAACACCUCGUUCGAACAUUCGUCUUGAGAUCCUGGUUCAUGAGGGGACGUUUGGAAGAGUGUAUAAGGGGGUAUACAAACGAGGGGAUACGUAUGAAGAAGUCUUAGUUAAAACAGUGUCAGAAGCAGCAUCGGCCAUGCAAGCAGCCCUGCUCGUCGCCGAAGGCCUAAGAUUAUGUGGCCUGGUUCAUAAUAACGUACUAGCACCAAUGGCAGCCUGUGCUGAAGAAGCACGGAAACCUCUUUUAGUAUAUUGCUGCGCUUCUCACUCUUCUAAUCUUAAAAGGUUCCUAACAUCAUGUCGCUUAGGCCACCAGGCAGCACCAGCGACGCGGGAGUUAGUAGAGCUUGGUGCACAAGUGGCUUGCGGCCUGUCUUACUUACACGUCCAACGUUUCGUACACGCUGACGUCGCUGCGAGGAAUUGUGUAGUGGAUGAAAAAUUGAGACUGAAGGUGACCGACAAUGGCCUAUCCAGGGAUCUAUUCCCUGAUGAAUACCACUGUCUUGGAGAUAACGAGAACAGACCAGUGAAAUGGAUGGCGCCAGAAUCUCUUCUGCAGAACCAGUACACAACAGCUUCUGAUGUGUGGGCGUUAGGGAUAACGCUAUGGGAGCUGGCAACUCUUGGUGCUUCUCCAUUAGCAGAAUUGGAUGCUGCUGAUGUUGGAGCAUUCCUCAGCGGAGGCUAUCGGCCAUCUCAGCCACAUAACUGUCCAGAUGAACUGUAUGGCCUAAUGUCCUGGUGUUGGACCACUUCUGCAUCAGCGCGACCGACAGCACCUCAGCUUUUGGCGGCCCUCCAUGACUUCAGACAAGCACUUAGCACGUACAUCUAACUUUUGUUCAGGACCUUUAUUAACAUCUUUUGUUUGACCAUGU